AUGAAUCGAGUCGCGAAAGAGGGUUUUCUCAAGUGCACCUGGGGUAAUGUAGCUUACAAAAUUUGGAACCAGGGAGCGCCGCAACGUGCAGUGCUCCUGCAUGGUUGGAUGGAUCAUCUCGCAGUCUUCGAGCCGAUGAUCUCUCACAUGACAAGAUCCGACGUUGAAGUCCUCGCCAUCGACCUCCCAGGUCACGGACACUCAGACCACGUCUCUUGGCCCUGGAAUUACAGUCACUCAGAACUGCCAAAGUUCAUGAUUGAAAUUCUCGAUCGGAUGGACUACGGAAAGUAUCAUUUCGUCGGACACAGCUUCUCUGGAAACUCGUUGACGCCAAGUUUAGCGGUCAGUUCUGAUGAUGUUCAGAGCUUUACUAUUCUUGAUGCUCAUGGCGUCAUAACAAUCGCCAACAAUAUGUAUUUAUUCACGCAGAGAAAAGCGCUAGAAGGAACUUAUCACAGUAAGCCAGAUGCGAAUCCCAAGAUUAUUUCAAGAGAGGAGCUCAAGAAACGCCUCCAAAAAAGUACGAUUCCGUCGGAAUUUCAAGAUCUCUGGCUCGAGCGCGGCGUAAAAUGGAACGAAGAAAAGACUGGCGGUCAUUUCGCCCGAGACAUUCGCCUCAAUGGACCGAUGCUGAUUCCAAACUACCCUUCGUUUCUAGCGUCCGAAAACGAAUAUUUGCUAGAUCACCUUGACAUGCCAAUAUUGAGAAUAAUCGGCAAAGAUAGCAACCCAUUCGGCGGCGUUGAUCCAAACAAUCCAACUAUGGCACUUUUUGAUAUUCCUGGUGUUCAACAAUUCAGCGAAGAAAUAAGGAAGAAGAAGAAUACGACUGAAGUGUUUUUACCCGGAAACCAUCACUUUUUCCUCCCCCAAGCAAAAGAAACAGCCCGUAUUCUCGAAGAAUUCUGGAGCUCGCGUCCUCCCCAACGUCGGGAUUUGGAGGAUUCUAGCAGCGACGCUGGUGAAAUCGUCGAUCGUCUGAUUCCGAUAAAUAAGGGCUCAAAAAAGGGAAUGCCUGAAAAAGAAAGCACGAAAACAAGCGAGCUGGGAGCAUUCUCCGUCAAGACCGAAGUUCCAGCCGAGUAUUGGGAUCGACUGAUAGAAAUGGGCGUGCCCCGCGAAAACAUAAAGAUCCUCUACCAUGUCCGAAGUCUAUUCGAUGACUAUAAAGGUGGUGAACUCCCGGAAAUCCACUGCACAGCCGGGAAAGGAUGCACGUUCCGGACAGCGCACAAACCGGAUUGUCUCACUUAUCAUUGCCAAGUAUUCCAUGACUACGGCGCCCACCCCUGCAAGCAUAAAGACUGCCACUAUGUUGGAUACAGUAAACAAGCGUUGAACAAACAUAGCAGCCAGUUUCAUGGAACAGCGAGAAAAAAACUCAGCAAGAUGAUUAAAAGGGACGAAAUCGAUCAAAUGCUGUGCGAAGUCGAGAGCUGUAAUGGCGUUCUGAGGGAUAAUACUAGACGCGAGUAUCAUCGGCGAAUCCAUUCUAAUGACCUUGACACUUGUAAAUUUUGCGGAGCCAGAUACCUCUUCAAGACAAACCGCUACGAUCAUCACGUCCUCCGUCAUCUAAACAUCCAGCUCUUCGAAUGUGAAGAAGCGCACUGUGACGAAUGGUUCUUCUCGGCAGACAAGCUCACUACCCACAACCAACGAUUCCAUCAGAAGAUAGAGUAUUACCAUUGUGAGGGAUGCAAUAAGGCGUUUGGAACGUAUGGAGACAUGAGAAUACACACUGUCACUUGUGUUGCAUCGAUAAAACUACGAAAUCCUCAUUUAUUUACUGGCGAAAGUUCUCAGAAUAAAGCACCAGAAUAA